AUGGAACUCAUAGACAAUCUUUGUGAGUUGGAGAAUCUAAGCGCCAAUCAUCAUGAAAUCAUGGCUCUCUCCAAUGGCAUGAGUUUUAGCGAUCAUCAGCGACAAACUAACCAGCUCCCUCUGAACUUCAUUCAUGAUAAUAUUCAAAGCUUUUCCCAUUCUGAUGAUCCAAAUCACGAUGUCUUAGUUGCUCAUUCCACAUCUCUGACUGGAGAUUUUGCCCAAGAAGGCGAAAAGGGAAAGCCUUUAGGAGGAAGAAAGAGAAAGAGAAACAAUAUUGACAAAGAUGGGGAGAAACUAAAAGAAGUCAUCCAUGUGAGAGCUAAGAGAGGCCAAGCUACUGAUAGCCACAGUUUGGCAGAAAGGGUAAGAAGAGAGAAGAUAAAUGAGAGGCUGAGAUGCCUGCAAAAUCUUGUCCCGGGAUGCUACAAGACUAUGGGAAUGGCAGUAAUGCUGGAUGUGGUUAUCAGUUACGUUCAGUCACUGCAAAAUCAAAUUGAGUUUCUCUCUAUGAAGCUUUCUGCAGCAAGCGUGUAUUACGAUUUCAAUUCACCAGGUGUGGAUGCUCUGGACACAAUGCAGCAACAGGGGACAAAUAAUGCAUAUGGGGAGGUACAAGAAGAGAUGGUAAGAUCAGAAGGGUAUGGAGGAGGGCUUUCUAAUUACAACAACAACUCAACAUGGCCUAUUUGA